CUUCGAGGAGGAGUGGCAAAGGCAUGUUUGUGUGUGUCCAAUGGGGGGGGGGGGGUUACAAUACAUGUGCACAAUAAGAGUGCAAAGCCCCACCUCGGCACUGCAGAGAGUUGUGAGGCAGGCCACCUUGAGUGAAGCGGCGAAAAAAAAUCACCAGCCAAGCAGAACAGCAAGAGGCGACAUGAAAUUCCAAGCACUUUUGUUCCUGGUGCUGCUCUUCUGCACCACAGUGUGUCUGGCACAAGAGGCGGAUUAUCCUACCGUGGCCACAUUGUCUGGUUCUUACGGUGACUGCUGCUUGGGCCAUGUGGGUGGGAUGAAGACAAAGACAAAGGAAAAGGUUCAGAGCUACAGGAUUCAGGAAACAGAUGGCGAUUGCAACAUCAGAGCUGUUGUGUUUACCGUAAAGAAGAGGCCCGGACGUAAGGCGCCGCGCACCAUCUGUGCCAAUCCUGAGGAUAUUUGGGUCCAGGAGUUGAUGGAAGUUGUGAGAUUGAGAAGGAUGCUUCAGAAUUAGAAGCAAAAGGAGACUCAAGAGGCUUUGGAAGAUCAUCAUGAAGCACACGGAGCACAUUAGCCGCAUGUAAAUUUGCCAGUUUCUGUCACUGACAAAGAAUGUAUUUCAUGCUUAUAACAUUUCAGAGACCUAUAGCACAAUUUUAAAUGUUUUCUUUUUAUGUUAGUGAUGUUUGAAUGCCUGCAAGCAAUGAGCCAUUAUCGGGCAGCUUUGGAUUGUGGGUGCACACUUGAAGCCAAAAUGAUUCAUAAACUGGACACAUUUGGAGCGCAAGUGAAUUUCUAUCUGCUGAGUGAGCGUUUUGCUGGAAAUGACGAAAGAAAUUGGCAAAAGACUAACAGACAUUGUGGGAAGAAAUGCAAUUUUUAUUAUUUGUGGCCAAAAUGAUUUGUAGUUUUCUUUUCAAAUAUACUUAUGUACAUCCAGUGGUUUGAAUAUAGAUUUUUAAAAAUUAAAAUAAAGACUAUUUUCAGCAUAGCGCUAAUUAUCAUUGGCAGAAAUGAACCUGUCAUUAAAAUAAAUGUAUAUAUAUUUUUUAAUCACUAACUCACAAUUUAGUCAAGUUAUGAAUCAUUUUGAGCUUAACUUGGUGUACAAGAUGCAUUUCGUAUUGUAUGCGAGACAUAUGGGAAGGGACCACUUUGUAGAUAGGUGCACAUUUGUUUUUGAAAAUCCAUCAAAUUUUUGUAUUUUUGUAAUCGUGCUCCAAUUAUACUUGGUAAUAAAAUGAUAAUGGAUUAUUGUUUUCCACUUAAGCACACAA